CAUUUCUAAUCAACUGGUGAAGACAUGUUUCAAGCUAAUCCUAUACUACACCCCGAUAAUCGGAAUCGCAGGUUCAAAGUCGAACCAUUCUUGAGAAAGGAGUUUGGCUUCGGCACAAACCCCGACAGACCCGUAUGUCAAUUCUUUAUUCCGCAGAGUCCUAACUCUUGUCCAAACGGCAGCAACUGUCCCAACAAACAUGUACCUCCUAUGUACAACAAUAAGAUUGUGUGUAAGCAUUGGUUGAGAGGAUUGUGUAAGAAGAACGACCACUGUGAGUUCCUCCACGAGUACAAUUUGAGGAAAAUGCCCGAGUGCUUAUUUUAUUCCAGAAAUGGCUACUGUACUCAGACCAAUGAGUGUCUUUAUUUACACGUUGAUCCACAGCUGAAGAUUCCCGAGUGCCAAAACUACUUGCGAGGCUUCUGUCCCGAAGGGCCCAAGUGUGUGAACCGGCACGUGAGGAAGAUUAUGUGUCCGAUGUUUUUGACGGGGUUCUGUCCCAAGGGACCGGAGUGCGAUUAUACUCACCCUAGGUUUGAUAAUAUCACCGACAAGAUGAGGAUCAAGCCCGACAGAGAUGCUUCCGAGACGGUAAGUAAAUGAAGGGAAAGGUGCUGUCGUCUGUAUAUUAAUGUAUUUUAAAUAGACUCUAAUGAUACACUCAUAUUCAAUGCG